AACGGCCCCAACUGUCACAUAGGUUCUCAGGGGCCUUUCCUCAACCUCUGCCUCUGCUGGCAGACCUUGUUAGUCUCCAGCGGUCCAAACAGUGAAUGUCGGUGGUUGAGGAGGAGCUAUCCCAACCUUCUCAGGCCCAGGUCCCAUAUUGACACCCAAGCUGUCCUUUGGGGACCAUUCUCUUACACCAAAUCCCCCCUACCACCACCAUCAUUCUCCAUUCUACUCUGGGUGCCAAUGAAGCUGCUAAAGGCAGUGAUCCUGAUGCUGGGCUUGACGGGGAUGGUCGCUGGCCGAUUGUCAAAGAAUGGGGAUAGGAUGUGUGUCUACCGGGUGCUUUCCCGAGGGGAUGCUUUAUUCUGCAAGGGCAACCUCCAUGUGAUCUACCCAGAGAUAGGGGAUGUUGACUGCAUGUAUAUCCCUGAGUGCAAUAACUUCAGGCGGAAGAUUAGCAUUUGGGAUAAACCUUCCAUCAAAUACUCCCUGGCUAGUGAGAAUAAGAAGUACAUAUUGGUGAUGGUUGAUCCAGACGCCCCCAGCAGGAAUUAUCCAAAAAAUCGUUACUGGAGACACUGGCUGAUAGCCAAUAUCAGUGCAGCUCUUCCAUCCUUGUGCUCCCGGUGUGGCCUGAAGAGGCUGAGGAGCCAUGGAGGGGGUGCUAGCCUCAAGACUGGGAACAUACGUGGCGAUGAGCUGACUGGCUACCAGCCUCCUAACCCACCUCCAGAGACUGGUUUCCAUCGGUAUCAGUUCAUCCUGUUUGAGCAGCCAAAAAAAGGAAAACAGGUCACCCUGAGCUCCAAGGAAAAGGCUAAGAGAGGUUCCUGGUCCAUCAGUGACUUCAUAAAGCAUUUCCACCUGGGCACUUCAGUGGCUUCCAGUCAAUUCCUCACUCAGAACUAUCAUGAUUUUUAGCUAGACCUACAAUCGCCUGGAAAAAGUGUCGAAUGACCAGGGACAGAACCAGGCUUGGGCUGCUCCUUUCCAAGCUCUAUGUCAAAGGUACCAGCUCUUUGCCCAACCACCUUUUCCCCCUGCAAGGUCAUCUCAAUCUUGGAGAAGAACUUCAGGCCGUAGCCUCUGGGUUUGGAAUCCCUUUCACACUGCACAAAAUAAAUAAAAAUAACAUCCUCAAUUGCCAUCUA